UAAUAGCGAGAAAAUCAAGUGAUUUGUUGUCCUUAUCAUUAUGAAGAUAUCAACAAAGAAACUCAUCAUCAUUUGGAUAAUAGAAGAUUCGUAGAGAACUAAAUUAGUGCGUUCAAGUGGAACGCCGUUUUGCAUGUAUCAAAUGGCCAUCGAGUUCCUUUAACUCACGGUUUUGAAUAGUUCUCUCUUUAAUGGUUAUUCGUCGUCGACGUGAGUGGAUAUUUAUUGAACAGCUGUUCUACACGGCUCCUUAUCCAUCUUUAUGUUAGAUUAGAAAUCACCAGACAAACCUUAAUCGUUUAUUCGAUCGAAUUAUUAUCAGUUGGUUUGAUAGGAGAAUUGCCAAUUGCGACGUUUCCAUAUCAAGGCACGCGAUAAUACUUAUCUUCUAUCUCUAUUUUUCUUUUUUUACUUUCGUAUAUGGCAUUUAAAUUUUUAGUUGGAGAUUUAGCGAUUAUUCAUCUUAUUCAACGAACGAAGAGAUGACAGUUUGUCUAAUAUUUUAAAGCGUAAUUCGCAAUGAAGAUUUAUGGCCAUCAAAUGACGUUGUUUGGCAGAAACCAAUAUUAUAAUAGUUCAACAUCGUGCAAUCGGUUUCUAAGCACACAAAAAAAGCGUAACAAAACAAUCAAGCGAAUGAUUGAUAUCAUCGACAACAUGGAGAAAGGCGAAGAGUUCGGAUCAGGGAGAUCACAUCCUAUAUUCUUCAUUUAUUCCACGAUCAUAUUAUCGUAGCUGUUUCUGUGUUUUUAUUGUAGUAUGCAAAAUGUCUUUUAAUCAAGUAAAAUUAUCAUUUGUAAUUUAGCUUCCAUAUCUUCGGCUUUCUUACUAUUAAAGAUUAAUGUCGAAGCGGAAGAAAAUUUGAUGGAUCUCUAUCUCGGUUCAUCUUAUAAAUUCUAGAAUGUUGAUCAAUUGAUCGAAUUCCUUUGUAUCCGUUCGUUUAUUGAAAUCCUCGUACAUCAGUGUCUCGAGUGAUUUCAAGUAUCAUCUAUGAUCACACGUGCCGAGAAUUCGAAAAAUCAAGUCGUUUCCAUUCGAAGCAAGAUAGAAAGAUAUUUGCGGUGUCGAGGAGCUAGACAAACACAUUAUUACGUCAAUCAGCGAAUCGAAUACUGGCUCAUUACGCAAGAGGACGGUAACGAGAGGAUGUAAUCAUAUACCUUUCGUUUCCUGUCCAGCCGAUUCACCUAGUCGAUUCAUCCGAACACUGGCGACGAAAACAAGCGUAAUUUUCUUCGAAACGAAGAGGAAGUUAAACGCUAUUUGUAACUCAUGCAAGUUAUCUUUUUUAUGGCGUUUGUUUUCUCUACUACUGAUGUUGUUGGCAUUAUUCUGUAUUUUUUUCUUCACUGAAAUUUUCUCUUUGAUGUUCUUUUAUUGAAUUCUUCUAUCCCUAGAAUGUUUCUCUUGAUUUAAUUACUAGAAAUUCUAUUUUAUGCCUCUGUAUCAUUUUUUAAUUGAUAGAGAGGGGAGACUACCGUUAGGAUUUCAUGACCUGUACCUUAGCCUUGAUUCGGUCUUGAUUCGGAAUACUGUGAGCGGCCGUGAGUGAUACUGCAUCAAUCGGAGCUUCAAUUUAGAACCACGCUAUAUCAUGGAGACUACUGUAACAGGAAGCUGUCAAUUCGGGUCAGUAGAGGAAAACUGUGCAACCGGGGCUGCCUCGAGCACGCUGUUCCCGAUUCUCCAUGUCCUCGUGCAUUUCUUUUAUUCUUCUAAUUCAUUAUUAAGUAAAGUCGUCAUUGAUAUCAAUAGUAGUUAUUGAUAUUCUUCUAUCAAUAACUUGGAAACAAUUCCCGGAGAAUUCUCAGGAGGAACAGAAAUCUUAAAGUAAAAUUGCACUUAACGAAGUAAGGUUUUCAAGAUUGAACUUCACUUAUUUCGUAAGGAGGAUUGUUUCUGUAAUAAUUAUCAAGACACAAGGCAUUGAAAUCAAAGCCAGUUUUACCAAAGACAAAUGAAGACUUCUGGGAAGAAAUAUGAUAAGUCACAUCUUCUGUUUUUUAUAGAAAGGCAUUUUUCAAUUCAAUAUACUGUGAUGAAUAUUUUAUAAUACAGAUUAUCAGAACGCUAGUUAUUCCACAAUUUUAUAGAAAACUUCUUGGAUUUGCUACUUAUUUUUAAAAAGUAAUACAUCUCUACACAUAGUAAAGUAAAUCAAUUUCAUUUUCAACAAUAAUCGAGCAAAUUUGCUCGAGCGUGAAAGGAUUAAAUUCAGUCUUCUCUGGAGGUCUUUUCUUCUUUGAAGCUUUUGAAGUUUCUUUUUUCUCGGAUAUUUCUUUUAAUUGUGUCUAAUUGAGUGAUGUUAUGUAAAAGACGUAUCGAGUUACGGCGACAUUUUGUAAUUCAAUAGUUGUUCAGAGUUGUUUGGUUGUCCAGAGUUUAGUAGAGUCUCGAUUGCGAUGAAGAACAGUCUGGUAGAAACUGAUCUUCGUAGUGACUCUCACGCGGCACUAAUCAAAGCCUUGGUUGCGUCAAGGUCGACGAUGAGAUGUAUCAUUAGAGAGAAGAAAUACUAUAACAGGUCGGUGACAAAAGUUCGCAGGUGGUCGUGAAUGGCAGAAUGGUGAAAGGAAUCGGACUAGUCAUUGUUCACCUGAGAUGUGAACUGGUUCGUGGUGUGGAUUAAUGAAACGUUUAACUGUGACUAAGGCUGCUGUCUCACAGGAUAAAUGGUGCGGUACUGUGAUUAGUUAUUGCUCUACUAAACGUCUGUUACCAGUGUCCUGAAGUAUAUUUAUAUAUUUUUAUCCUUUCUUCUCAAUUAUCAAGAAGUAGAGAAUUAUAGAUGCAAGGAGACCCUGAAGUUAGAAAGAGAUUGGAUUUUUAAUUCUUUGGAGAAGCAUCAGGAAGAUCUAUACUAUGGAAGAUGCAGAGAAUGAAAAGAAUUGAAGAUCCAAGGAAUUUGUAAUUUAAGAGAACCAAGGAAUUCCAAGUACGAAAAGACCUAAAGUCUGGAAGACUUAUUCAUUUGUUUCAAAGGAAUCAGGAAGCUAUGGGAUUUAAAAUUCAACGAUAUCUAGGAUCUAAAUAAUCUUGGAUUUAGAAGAAUGUAGAAUCCAAAUGAGAAUUUGGAAUUAGGGAAGAUACAAAUUCCGAACGAUAUAGGACUACAAAAGACUCAGGAUCCAAGUAAUUUAGAAUUAAAGAGAAUCCAGUGCACUUCGAAUCCACUGAAUGUUUGCUCCACAAAGAUUUAGUAUCUAAGAAACUUUGAGUUCUAUAGAAUUCAGAGUUCAACUUCGAAACUUGAAACUAACACAUAUAAUCUCUCUCUCUCUUCAACGCGCGUGCAUGUGUGCGACAAAAAAGCAAGAGAAAUCUGAAUUGUAAAGAUAUUUGGAGGCCUGCAGAUUAGUCCGAGCGAAGUGAACUUAUGAGCAACAUAAAUCACCGCGAGGCAUUAAUAUGGAUCAAGGAAAGAAGAAUGAAGCCGAAAAUUUGAAAGAAGAGGCUUCGAUGACGCCGGUAUCGCCUACGUUAUUCACACCACCGACUCUGAACUUGAUGGAGCAGAUUCUUCUGGCGAAAAUCGAGAAGCAAAAUUUUCACGAGGAUGAUCGUGAGACUGAUGGCCGACUAGGAGGGAAGAAGAAGAAUUUCCUUUUAAGAAGGACAGAUUCGAUGGAUAGUCAAAAUAGUGCCAGCACCUAUAAUUCAUUUUUAUCUAGUGAUUCGGCCUCCAGUGGGAACCUUUAUUGCAAAUGCGACGAUUGCUUGUUGGGAAUCGUCGAUGAUUAUCAAAGGAGUCCUUUAGUGGUUGAUAGGAAAAAGCAACAUGCAACUUUCAGAAAUUUAUGGAAAUUCUUUUAACAUAAAGAUUUAUGUUAAAUACUAUAGUCAUAUGUAUACUGGUGAGAAGAGCAAGAUUGAAGGAAAUUUAUGUUAACUAAUAUUAUAAACAAAUUUAUAUUAAGUAAUAUGUUGUACGUAUUACCUUUAUUGUUAUUGCUGUAAUACGUAAUUGUAAAAGUGCUUCAAAUAUUUUUCUAUAAACGUAACUUCAGCUGACACAGUCGACUUCUUCUUGAUCAAUUCUUCCCUGCAGGCUCGUCUCCACUUCUUUUUUAAUUACCGCCUAUUCACUGCCAUUCUGGAGCUCUCAAUCAUACCAUAACCAGAAGGACCGAUACACAAGUCAUUCAAUAAUUAACUAGCAGCUAGGAGCAAUUUACUACAAACGUGCAGUGGACUAAAAUGAUUCAAGGAAGAAUUCUCGUAUCUCUUAAUCUUAUAAGAUUGAAUUUUAUAAGACUGAAUUUUGUCUCAUUUAUCAAUAAUAUUCCUCCUUAAAUAAAUAAUAAUCACCUCGAGGUAUCUUUGAUCUAUAGAUCAAAAAGUAAUUUCGUAAUCGAUAUCGGUUUCACUCUCAUUUCGUAUGCCUAGGGACAAUUCGGCGGAUAGGCCCAUCGACAGCCGGAUGAUCGAUUAGAAAACCGAUUGACCAAUCCUGUUUGGUUCGACGCACACUAAGUCCUCGUUAAGAUGAAUCAAGUUACCUAAAUUCAAGCCACUCGAAAACUUGAAAUCCCAUCAUCAGUGUGAUACUGUACAUUUAUUUGACUUGAAGUAUCCUAACAGUCUCCAAAUUCUGUAUUCAAUGUUCUUAUUAUAUUGUAGUUACUUGAUCUCAAGCAACUUGAAACAUUUUAUUAAUAUAAACUUGUUAUCUCGUUUGACUAGAAAUGUGCCUCCAAGUUUCAAACAAAGUUGAGGUUCUUCCAAUUCCCUGGCUUGAAAUAAAAUCCUGAUAUUGGAUUGAUCUUGUCGUUUUGAAGCAAUUGAAUCUCUCUUGAACUUUAUAUUCACUCACACUUUGUAUGUACAACAUUUCUGUCAUGCUCAUAAGCAUAAUUCAUAUUAUAAUCAACAUUUUUAUAUACAUCUAACAUAACUAUAACUUCCUUUC